UAUGCAAAACGUUCCCGCAGUACUCCGACCUCGCAUGUUAAAACGAAAACAGAGUUGCGUAUGUAUACAAAUUGAAUGGAGAACAAACUAUGGAUAUUAAAUUUUAAUAAGCUGACAAGAGUGCUGUGCGAAAUCUGUGUAUAAACAAGUCGUUACGUAAUGACUAUUAAUUAAUUAAAAGAACCAGAGAGAUUUGAGGUGCGGGAAGGUGGUUCCGUCUGUGCUGUCAAUGAAAUGAACAGAUGAAAGGCAAGAUGUCGUCGCGUGCAUGUGGUUACGAUCUGCGUAUCUCUCGGCUGAUGAAAAGUAAAUAGAAAACAACGAAUACGAACACAGAAUUAUGUCGGACCUGGCAUCUUGCUCGGCGAUAAACGAAACUACAGUCAAUGACGAAACGCUCAUUGAGGAUUUGAAAAUUUCUAGAAAAAAAUGGGAAAGAUUCAGCAACUGGGUCCACUGCAUAUGUGUUGUUACAUUCGAUCUCGAACUCGGUCAAGCCAUAGAGCUUGUUUAUCCAAGUCAUGUAAAAUUAACGGAGCAAGAAAGAUCAAACAUCUGCUACCUGGCGUUUCCAGAUUCCAAUUCUGGCUGCAUGGGAGACACGCAGUACCAUGUCAGAAUUAGGCAGAAUGGAAAAACGACUCACAAUACUCAAUCUUUAAAAGAGUACGACAGAAAGUGUCCAGUCUUUGUGCAGUCAGACAGAGAUUACUACUGGGGAUACGUGUACUUCAGACAGGUCAAGGACAAGACGUUGCCUAGAGGAUAUUUUCAAAAGAGUAUAGUGAUUAUAACAAAACUACCACUAGUGAAUCUGUUCAGUGAGAUCUGCGCCCUUAUAGCUCCAGAAUUUUUUGAGUCUGGCAUGUCAGUCAUGGAAGCUGUUAGUCGAGAAAUUGAUCGAUGGCCACCGCCUGUUCCAGGCCAAAUACUUCAUCUCACACUGAUGAAUGUUCUCUUCCAGACGUACAUUCCAAAUCAAAAUUACAAAGCAACUGUGCCGACGGUAGCUGCACUCGACCACACAACGAAAAAACAUUCCUUGCGGAAGAUUGUUCUAACUUCUGCCUACGAGGGAGACAUGUUCAGGAGCUUAGCCAGCGUUGUUAGUCAUGUACAUUUACUGUGGGAAUUAGCACUUCUCGGUGAACCAAUAGUCGUUAUGGCCAGCUCACCGACUACUUGUGCAGAAAUGGUUCAAGCUCUAACUGCAACAAUAGCGCCAUUGAAGUACUGUGCCGAUCAUCGUCCCUACUUUACUAUCCAUGAUUCAGAGUUCAAAGAAUAUACAACUGAUGCUCCGUCACCGCCAGCCGUUAUUUUGGGAGUAACAAAUCCAUUUUUUGCUAAAACCCUGCAACAUUGGCCUCAUAUAAUUAGAAUAACGAAUGGUUCAAAUGUAGAAAACCAAAAAUACAGGAUUAAAAAAUCUGAAAAUCUUAAAGUUUUGGACUCAAAACCGGGCGUGUACACCCAGUACAAACCAUUUUUACAAAAAGACAAGGCCAUUUUGAAGAAAUUGCUAAGAGGAAUUCAGACCAAGAGGCCUGGAGAGGUACAAACAGCCCUUCUCAGAAGACAUCUCCUGGAACUGACUGAGAGUUUCAUGAUCCCCUUGGAGAGAUACAUAGCGAGUCUCAUGCCUUUGCAAAAAAACAUAUCCCCCUUCAAAGCUACGCCGAUACCUCAACUGUUUAAUCCUGACGAUUUUUUGGCGACAUUGAGCAGUGCAGGACCCCAAUUGACAAUAGGAAUUAAGGGUGAUUGGGUUGGGUUGUACCGCCGGUUUUUUAGAUCGCCCAAUUUUUCGGGUUGGUUUCACACCAGGUACACCGAGCUAACGCAGAAGCUGCAAGCUAUACAAUUGGAAGCCUUAUCUGAAGCGGACUUGAAAACAUGGGUACAGGGUAAACAAGAAGUCGAGGUGGUUGACAUGAUAUUGAGGAUUCGUCAAAAGCUUGAUAAAAGCUACGAAGACGACGUACCAAUAAGUCAUUCAGUCCAGGAAAAGCUGAACGAGCGAAUAAACGACAUUAUCUACACUCUACCCGACGAUUUACAAAUAAUCUUAAGUGUUAAGUCUUGACAAUUUGAUCUGAUCCUUAGCGCGAUAAUAAUUUAGCCAUGUAAUCAAUUUUUUCAUUACUGAUCGGUUUUCUGAUCGAGUUAGUCACUUUUGCCGUGAAGAGACGUAAUGGGUAUAGGGUAAGAGAAAAUGAAAAUGAAAAUGAUUCUGCUCAAAACGACCCGAAACAUGUAAUUAAACAAAAUACGAUUCGCCGUCGCUCUAUGACACGUAAAAUACGUUGAAAUUCGUAUCAACUUACUGCCAAAUAUAGUACGUACAAAUCGUAAAUUUUAUAAUUUUUUUUCACUUUCUUCAACGACGAACUUCAGAAAGCUGUGGUUCGUGAUUACUUGAAAAUAAUCUUACCAACUCAGAUACAAUGUAGUCAAAUAUUAUUAAAUAAUAUCCCCCCUCCCAAUAUAAAUAUUAUCGAACAACUCAACAGUAAUUAAUAGUGAAAUAUUUUACUUUUCAACCGUGUCUGGAGUGGUUUUUAUUUACAAUAUUUGUACAUAUUUAAACUGCGAGAUUGAUCCUUCGUCAAAGAUAAUUAGAAACUGAGAUUUUAAUUUUUUUACUCCUCCCUUUGCUUACAAUAAGAUGGAAAGUGCACAACGAUUUAUAUACCAAUAUUCCGAACAACUAUUAUUCGGAAUGUGUAUUAAUUUAUAUUUAUUUAUACUACAGUAAUAAGUUAGAAACACUAAUACAGAUUUUACGAUAUUGACCUAUAUUCGUAAUUUUUUUUUUUUUUAGUCAAAGUGUUUCAAACUCCAGUAAAUAAUUGGAAUCAAUAAUAUCUUUUAUUGCAAUCCAUCUUAUUGGCUCGCCUGGACUGACGAUCGUUGGAACGUAAGCUUCAAGUCAAUUUUAAUUGGUGUUUAAAUUUUUAUUCUUAAUUGCGCGGAUUUCCCCGAAUUAAUCAAUGCAACAAUUUCAACCAUUAUACAACUGCGUAUUAUAUGUUAAUAAUUGUACUAGACACGUAAAAAUAGUACAUUAUGUAACAAGGGAAUAAUCGGCUUUAUUCCCGUGUUUCAUAUAGGAUUUUAUUUCCGAUUUAACUGUGGCUACUUUAUUGACUUGAAAAGUAGUUACCCAAUUAGAGGGACAAGAGUGGUACUUUUUUCCCUAAAUAAGCGCGAAAAAAUGAAAAGACGAAGUUAUUGGCUGUUUUUAUCCCGCAUUUCAGCUCAAAAGUGUGACCAUUAUAGUUGAGUCGAGAAUAACAGUCAUAUCUAAAAAUGGAGACAUUCAUGUUAUAUAUUCAUAAUUGUUAACUUUAACUUUCGGUUACUGAAAUGAUAAUUGACUUGAUUAUAUAUAUAUGCUUAUACGUUUAUACUCAAAGAAAUUUUUAUUUUUUAUCUCGAUUAUUUAUUGUGCUGUUGAUAAUGUACAUCUUACCUGUGAAUAAUUUUUAUAUUUCAUUAAUUGUGUCGUAUCGAUAUAAAUACCUGGGAUACCAAACAUUGAAGAAAAAGAAGUGAAAAAAACAAAAAAUUUACGUGUAUUCCAAUCUACUUUGUUGCUGUAUAUACGAUUACAUUAUUGUAAAUACAAAUCAUUAACGUUAUU